GGAUCAAUUAAUUUUUAAAAAUCUGUUUCAGGGAGGAAACAAUGCUGGCCAUACAGUUGUAGCUAAUGGAGCAGAAUAUGAUUUUCAUAUUUUGCCAAGUGGCAUUGUGAAUAAACAUUGUACAUCUGUGAUUGGAAAUGGAGUAGUUAUACAUCUACCACAAUUCUUUGAAGAAUUAGCUAAGAAUGAGGCAAAAGGUUUAAAUGAUUACAGACUUUUCAUUUCCAACAGAGCUCACAUUGUAUUUGAUUUUCAUCAAGCUGUUGAUGGUUUACAAGAACAAGAAAAAGGAAAAAACAGCAUAGGAACAACAAAAAAAGGAAUAGGCCCAGCAUAUUCAACAAAGGCCAGUCGUAGUGGGAUCCGUUUGGCUGACCUGCUGGGAGACUUCUCCCUAUUUGAGGAAAAAUUAAAAGGUUUAAUUUCCUUGCAUAAACGACAGUUUCCUAAUUUAGAAAUUGAUAUUACUGCAGAAAUAAAAAAAUAUAAGGAAUAUGCUGAGAAAAUCCGUCCUUUUGUUACUGAUACUGUUGUUUACUUAAGUCAAGCAUUAAAUGAAAGAAAAAAUGUUCUUGUGGAAGGAGCAAAUGCUGCUCUUCUUGAUAUUGAUUUUGGUACAUAUCCUUAUGUUACUUCUUCCAAUUGCACAGUUGGAGGAGUAUGUACAGGACUAGGUAUUCCUGUUCGAAGUAUUGGUGAAGUAUAUGGAGUAGUGAAAGCUUAUUGUACAAGAGUGGGUGAUGGACCUUUUCCUACAGAAUUGAAAAAUAAUUUAGGAGAAAUUCUACAAACAAGAGGACAUGAAAUUGGAGUUACAACAAAAAGGAAAAGGAGAUGUGGUUGGUUGGAUAUUGUACUGCUAAGAUACUCCAAUAUGAUAAAUGGUUAUACUGGAAUUGCUCUGACAAAAUUGGAUAUUUUAGACACCUUUGAAGAAAUUCAGAUUUCUAUUGCUUACAAAUUAAAUGGAAAAAGAAUGCUUUUUCCUCCAGCAUCUGCUGAAGAAUUGGGCAGAGUGGAUGUUGAAUAUCUGACACUUCCAGGUUGGAAAGAAUGUACUGAAAAUGUUAGAAAAUUUACUGAUCUUCCAGAAAAUGCACAACAAUAUGUUAGAAAAAUAGAAGAAUUAUUAGAAGUUCCUGGUAAGAAUUAUUAUUAUUUUUUUAAAAUAAAUAUAACAGAACAUAUUAAACAUGAUCCAAUAUUGAAUAUGUUCAUUAAUUAAUUCAAUUAGCACAUG